UGGCGUACUAUGGCUUUUGUAAAAUACAUUUAUGUCAAUAAGCUAACAUUGUGAUGAUUAAAAUGUUUUAGAUAUUGUUUUAAAACUUCAAACCUGUUAAAAUAAUUCCUAAAAUGAUAAUACAAGAUCCUGUACAGGCUGCUAUUUGGCGUUGUUUAAAUCACUAUGCCUAUCAGGAUGCCACUUUCUUAGCUGAAAGAUUACAUGCUGAAUUAAUCAGUGAUGAAAGUUUGUUUCUGCUAGCGACAUGCUAUUAUCGAUCAGGGCUUAUUCAACAAGCCUUCUGGUUAUUGCAGAAACAUCAAAGCAAAUCUCCACAAUGUCGUUACCUGUUGGCAAAAUGCGCCAUGGAUUUGGAAAAAUUGAGCGAAGCAGAAGGUGCUCUAUGUCCAUCAGAAAAUGUGACAAAAUGGAACUUGGAUGAUGUAGUUAAUGAUUUUGGUGAUCAAGCAUGUUUUUCUCUACAACUAUUAGGAAAAAUAUAUGGACAAACAGAACAGUUAACAAAAUCAUUUGAAGCAAAUCGAAAGGCUUUACAAUUAUGUCCCUUUCUUUGGAAUUCUUUUACAGAAUUGUGCAAUAAAGGUGAUAAACCAGAUCCGAAUCAAAUUUUUCAAAUAACAUCUGAUACUGUGUAUAAUGGAAUGAACUAUAAUAUUCAUAAUGUGACAGAUAAAAAUGUAGAUAUAAAUGUACAAAGUGCAUGUGUAACACCCAUGGAUUAUUCAACACCAAUUAUGAACCCAGUAACACCAAAUGUAAAUGGCCCUCAUAUUAAUAGAAUAAUUGCGGAAGAGAGUCCGUUUAGUAUAUGUGGUCAAAAUAUUAGUUGUAUAUCUGGAAUAACCAAUUUACAAGCACUCCCUAAACAAUUACAAUUUAAUAUAAUGAAUUCAUCAGGAGUAAGUAGUCCUGCUACUCCAAAUUUUGGCUUUUUGCCACUGGAAAGUCCACAAUUAUCAUUUGUCCAAACAACUCCCGUACAAUCAGCAGCUCUAACAGAAGCAAAUGAUCAGAAAAGUAGUAAAAAACAAACCUUAAGCAGCCUAAGAGCACAAAUGGGUUUACUAAUUAGUCGAAAAGAUUCACCUGUAGCAGUCUCAAAGCCUCCUGUAUUCAGCCAGAGUGGUAAUGUUAGCAACACGACACCACAAACCACAGUUCCUGGAUCUAACAUACAUUCAGCACAAGUUAGGAGGAGCUCUAGACUUUUUACAAAUAAUUACUCAGUUAAAGAAAAUAAUAAAUCUCCAAAUAGAAAUAAAUUUGCCACCCCAAAAUCUCCUAGAAAACCAAAGCAACGUUUAACAAAGACUAAUUUAGGUAAAACAAAUUACGAAAUAACUGAAAAAACAGUAGAUAAAGAAAAAGUAGAAACUAUAACGUCUGAUCAAAAAGUUUUGCUGAAUAAUAGUAUAAACUCUGCACAAACAUCAGCGCAGCAACUUCUAGUUUUGCAAAAACAAAGUGUUGAUGGACUCAUGUUUCUUUUAAGACAGUUAGGUCAAGCUUAUUUAUGUUUAACCCAAUUUCGUUGUCAAAGAGCUGUUGAUGUUUUACUUGAAAUUCCUCAAAAGCAUUUCAAUACAGGUUGGGUUUUAACAACAUUGGGCAUGGCGCAUAUGGAAAUGACUGAUUAUGAAGCAGCCAUCAAGUAUUUCGAACAGGCUCAUGAAUUAGAACCUUUUAGAUUGGAGCGAAUGGACAUGUACAGCACAGCGCUUUGGCAUUUGCAAAAAGAAAUUGUGUUAUCAGCUCUUGCCCAAGAUUUAAUGACUCAAGAUAAGACUUCGCCUAUUUCUUUACUUGUUAGCGGUAAUUGUUUUUCCUUGCAUAAGGAGCAUGAUACAGCUAUUAAGUUUUUUGAACGAGCUGUACAGGUGGAUCCAAAAUAUGUUUAUGCCUAUACAUUAUUAGGGCAUGAAUUAGUGAACACUGAAGAACUCGAUAAAGCUAUGAGUUGUUUCAGAAAUGCUAUACGCUUAAAUUCUAGGCAUUACAAUGCAUGGUUUGGAAUUGGUACAAUAUAUUCUAAGCAAGAGCGAUUCCAAUUGGCCGAAAUCCAUUACAAACGUGCUCUUUUGAUUAAUAGGCAAAGUUCAGUUCUUAUGUGCCACAUUGGUGUAGUUCAGCACGCACUUGGUAAAACGGACAAAGCUUUACAAACUCUUAAUCAAGCCAUAGAGCUGAACCCUAAAAAUCCAUUAAGCAAAUUCCACAGAGGCUCUAUAUACUUCUCAAUUGGCAGAAACCAAGAAGCUUUGAAAGAAUUAGAAGAGUUAAAAGAAAUGGCUCCUAAAGAAUCUUUAGUAUAUUAUUUAAUAGGCAAAGUUCACAAAAAAAUGGGAAAUGUUCAUUUAGCUCUUAUGCACUUUAGUUGGGCCACUGAUUUGGAUCCUAAGGGUGCUAACAAUCAAAUAAAGGAGGCUUUUGAUCCAAAUGUAAGUGGGACUGCUGAAGACGAAAGUAAUACAAGUAACGAUGCAAAUGUCACACCAGAAGACCAAACAAUAGACAUGCAACGAUUGCGUCAUAUACAAGUGCGUUUAUUUAGUGAUGAGCCAGAGCCAGAAUUGAGUGAUGUUGAGGUCAAUUAUUGAUAAAUGUGUUAAUCGUGUGAGGUCUAGAAUAUAUAUUUCUUAAGCAUAUUAUAUCUGUAAGGAUUUUUUUUCUGUAGAAAAUUGACUCAAAAUUAAUUUUAAAGAAAACUAUUUAUUAACAAUAAUAGU